GUGCAUCCGAGUCCUGGUAGUGCUCGCACUUUGGUGUGGGCACUGCCCCUGACCGCAUCAUGCAAUAUGGUCACCGAGGAGAGUGAUCAUCCACACCAUCCGGAGGAGGAGAAGACUCCAACGCAGGAGAAGGAUAGCAACUUGCUAGCGCGUACCGACAGCAGCGAGAUAUUGAUCCAGAGCAGCAUGGAUGACAUUUUUGAUGUUAUCAAAUCGGGCGAGUUGUCGGAGGUGGAGAAUUUGGUAGAGAAGGUGGGCCAGGAGGCGCUAAGUGCCCGAGAUAAGCACGGAUACACCCCAGCACACUGGGCGGCACUAGAUGGUAAUGUGGAAAUGAUGCGCUAUCUCGUGGAAAGAAAUGCCCCGGUCGAUUUGCCCUGCUUGGGAACGCAAGGACCACGUCCUAUCCAUUGGGCCUGUCGAAAAGGACAUGCUGCAGUCGUCCAGGUACUCCUACAGGCCGGUGUGGCAGUAAAUGCGGCCGACUUUAAAGGUCUCACACCGUUGAUGACGGCCUGCAUGUACGGCCGUACCGCUACGGCAGCUUACCUGUUGGGAAUGGGCGCACAGAACCAUCUUACCGACAUAAACGGUGAUACGGCACUGCACUGGGCAGCGUAUAAGGGACAUGCCGAUCUUAUCCGUCUGCUAAUGUACUCCGGGGUGGAUCUGCAAAAGACGGACAACUUCGGUUCGACACCGCUCCAUCUUGCCUGCCUGUCGGGUAACCUGCAGUGCGUGAAGAUUCUGUGCGAGAAGCGUAAUCUUGAGCUGGAACCGCGUGAUAAGAAUGGCAAGACGCCUGUGAUGCUUGCCCAAAGCCAUCGGAACAGUGAGGUGGUUAAGCUGCUGCACAACGAGAUGAAGAAAAAGUCCCGCUGGAUGCCACCGAUCUCGGAGAUCUGGGGAAUGCUGUUCGGUGGAGCAGGCGCUUCGAAGGGUCCACUGAUACUGUUCCUCGUGUCUGUUUUACUGUGGGGAUAUCCGAUGUACAUGAUACGGUGCAUUCCCAUCACGUGGAACAUCUUGAGACGGUCGCAUUACUGCUUCAUCUAUUGGAAUGCGGUCAUGUGGAUCAGCUGGAUAAUAGCCAAUCGUCGGGAUCCUGGCUAUAUCCCAUUGAAUUCCGACACAUACUAUCGAGCGAUCAAGCAGAUCCCGUACUUUGAUAAAUGGAAGAAGCGAAAUGUUAUCCUAUCGCGACUGUGUCACAGCUGUAGGUGUUUGCGACCAUUGAGAGCCAAGCAUUGCCGUAUUUGCAAUCGAUGCGUAUCGUACUUCGAUCACCACUGUCCGUUCAUCUACAACUGCGUCGGUCUACGCAAUCGGAUGUGGUUUCUGCUCUUUGUGCUGAGCAUCGCCAUCAACUGUUCGUUCACUAUCUACUUCGCGUGCUACUGCGUCAUGAUCGAGGGCUUCAGUUUGCUGUACGUGCUUGGGCUUUUGGAGGCGUUUGUUUUUUGUGGACUCGGUUGGAUUCUUACGUGCACAUCGAUUCUCCAUGCCUGCAUGAACCUUACAACGAACGAAAUGUUCAACUACAAACGCUACCCAUAUCUGCGGGAUAAGCGUGGCCGCUACCAGAACCCAUUCUCCCGCGGUCCCGUGCUGAAUCUGUUCGAAUUCUUCGUCUGUCUGCCGGACCGUCAGGAUGAGCAGGACUACAUUCUGGACGAGAACCUUUGA